CGGGGCAUUCGCUGGCCGGCGGCGACCCCCCGGAGCCGAGGAGACGGGGGCGGCUCCUCCUUUUUCUCCUUCCCGCGAUGGAAGAGACGGAGCUGCUGAAGCCCCGCAGCCUGGACGAGCUGAUCCGGCUCCUCCACGAGCUGUUCUCCGAAGACAAGGUCAACGUGGAGGAGGUGCAGGCGAUCGUCGAGGCUUACGAGAGCCGGCCGGCCGAGUGGGCGCCCUACGCCAAGUUCGACCAGUACAGAUAUACUCGAAACCUUGUGGAUCAAGGAAAUGGAAAAUUUAACCUGAUGAUUCUGUGCUGGGGUGAAGGGCACGGCAGCAGUAUCCAUGAUCACACCAAUUCCCACUGCUUUCUGAAGAUGCUGCAGGGAAGCCUCAAGGAGACCCUGUUUGAGUGGCCCGACAAAAAAUCCAAUGAGAUGAUGAAGAGGUCUGAGAGAGUCUUACGGGAAAAUCAGUGUGCCUACAUCAAUGAUUCCAUCGGCUUGCACCGGGUGGAGAACACAAGCCACACCGAAGCUGCUGUUAGCCUUCACUUGUACAGUCCACCCUUUGACACUUGCCAUGCUUUUGAUCAAAGAACUGGGCAUAAAAACAAAGUCACAAUGACAUUCCAUAGCAAAUUUGGAAAGAGGACUCCGUUUGGUGCCUCAAGUUCACUGGAGAAUAACUAAGGCGUCUCAGACCCACUAGGUUUAUUUUAAGACGUGUUGAAUGCUUCAUCUAGGGUGGAAAACCCACUCUACAUCUGCUGUCCGAUAGUUCAAUUGAAUAGCCGGUCCGUAAAUCUACAGUAGAGCAGUUUCCCGGCAGCGUGGUAGUGAUCUCGAAUGAAUGCUAAUCGCAGGACGUAGAAUACUGUCGUGUAUUACCGCAGAGGCGAGAAGUCGUUUUUGAAGCGUUUUCCACGCCAAGACCGGAUCAGCUUCUCGCUUCUGAUUCUCCCCUGGGUGGUAUACUGGGAAGAUCAGAGAAGAUGAGGGGGUUGGGGGGGCGGGGGGAGGGAAUAGAGAAGAGAGGGUUUACAGAUCUUUGAAAUGCUCGUAAUAGGUCCGGGCAAAGUGAUGAGCAAUAAGAGCCACAGUCAGCGGCAGUAGUAAUUGAAACCGCCUCGAUGGUAACGGGCUUAAAUGUGUCAAUACUUGAACGGUUCCGUGGGGUUUUUAAUGCUCGUCGGGGCAGAACCUUGAUGUGUGGUCUAUUUUUGCCCCAUCGCUCUGACGAUUUCCUUUUCCCCGCGGUCUCUGCGGAGAUGCGAGUCGAGCGUUUUUGCUCUCUGGUUGCAAAUGGAGGACUAGGGUUUGGAUGUUGUGGGGGAGGUGUGUGUGUCUUUGUUUGGGGCGGGGGGGGGGGGGGGGGCGGGGGAGGGCUUGGUCUGUUUUUUGGUUUUUUAGACACGGGCGAUGGGGCCAACUGCCGGAGUCAUACUUUGUAUUGCUACUGAAAUUGUUUAGACACUUGAAUAAAACUGCAUUUGAACCCAUA